GAAGACUUGAACCCAACGUAUAUACCAAAUAUUCUAUAUACUACCAAACUUUCCGCUCUCUAUGUAUAAAACCAAAUGUAAAAACUCUUGGCAAUUACUUAUUCCAUUCUUCCAUUGAAAAUCCGUUAUCCUCUUUCGCCAUCUCCAAAGUUAGCAAGGAAAAUCUGCAUAAGUUUUCAUCGAUAUAUGAAAACAUCCAUUCUUUUGCAAAGUUCAACAAGUAUAAACCACGCCUGCUGGUCCCGUUAUAGGUAUUAUAGUAUCUCUUUAUACCCUAUUUUUAGCUUUAAAAUCUUGAAAAAUAAGGAUGUAAGCAGCUUUGGAGAUCAGUAUAAUAAUAGCUUGUCAUUUCUCGGAUCAAGAAAAGGACUUUUAACUAGUGACAAAAUUAAGAGGAAGUUUGUGGUGAGCAGCAAUGGUCAACCAGGAGGUCCCUUUCCUUCUCCACCCUCUUCAAAUCCCUUUAAUGGCUGGCUUAUAGGAAUUCUGCUAUCAAUAAUUUUACCCUUCUUCCGCAAUAAAUGGGGGUCAUUAUUGCAACUUAAAAAUAAAGUGGAAGAUGUAAUAGAAACAGUAGAAGAAGUAGUAGAGGAGGUGGAGAAUGUGGCUGAGGAAGUAGACAAAGUGGCUGAAGAAAUUGGGAAAGAUUUGCCAGAAGGCCUACUCAAAGAUACUCUCAAAGCUGUGGAAAAUUUCUCAGAAGAAACAGCCAAGUUUGCUCAUGCAGCUGGAGAUAUUAUUGAUAAGGUUUAUCUAAUUAACUCACUUUAUAGUUUAUUUCUUAGUUAAUUAAACACCUUCAUUCCCAACUAGUACGUAAUUUAUUAUUCUUAUUGGUUUA